CUACCAACACAAGUUAAUUACACCUUGUCUCAAGAGUCAAGACUCAAGUGUCAUAAACCGUAAUUAACGUCUCCGUUUUAAGAUUGUUUACUUUUUAGAUUUUAUAGUUAUUGUUUAGUUUUUAAAUUUGUACACGGAUCAAACAGCUUAUAUUAUUAAUUAAUUGUUUGUUACGUGAUGGUCAUGCCGCUGUCCAUUUGAGUUUUGCCACACACUCGCGAGACGUAGGUAUCACGGAUUGACGUUUUUCCGACAACUAUGUUACGUUCAGUGAAACACUAAAGAAAUAAUGCGGAUUAUUAUUUUAAUUGCAUAUCUAUUUGUGCAUUUGAUAUGUACAAAUACGCAACGAAUUGGAGGCUUUGACAGAGAAGGCUAUUUUAACAGUUCAUCAUGGCUGCAUAUGUUUCCCGCCAUUUCACUACAUAAACAUGUUGGCUUUAGCUUCAGGACAUGUUCAGGUGGACAAAUAUUUUCACAAACGGUUGGGUCUAUUGAAAUGCCGUAUACCCAAAUUGGUAUGAGUGUUUUUCACGAUGGCUUGACAUUUAACGCGUUAAUCGACAAAAGACAUUAUGAGUCAAAAAUGGCAGGAGAUUUUUUCGACAAUACUUGGCAUAAUGUCAAUUUAAUGUAUAAACUCGGGGAAUUGACCAUGUCAAUUGAUAGCUUUCAACAGGUUAUUGCUAACUCAACAUUCAACACUGAAAUUUUAACUGCUGAUUUAUCUGUCGAACAAUCGAUAUUAAGAGUGGGUGACGGAUUUGAAGGAUGUCUGUUAGAAGGACCCAAUUUUAUUUUUAACUCGUCGUUAAACCAAGGAUACAAAAUCAUUUGGGGGCAGUGCCCAUUAAGCAGUCAGUCAUGCACUGGUAUCGAUUAUUGUUCACAUGCCCCUUGUAUGACACAUGGAGUUUGCAUACCCAAAGAGAACAAAUAUCACUGUAUAUGUCAUCCGAGAUAUUCUGGAAAUAAUUGUGAAAUAGACAAUGGAUCUCCGUGUUCUAAACAAAACAACCGUUGUAUGCAUGGAUUGUGCGAAGAAGUAAAACACGGAGAAGAUUUUAUGUGCCAUUGCGAUAAAGGAUACACCGGAAAAUUUUGUGAAAUUGAAUUAUCUGCUCACAUUUGUGAUAACAAUCCAUGCAGAAACAAUGGCACUUGUAAAUAUAUCCCUGGUGGGAAAAACUACGAAUGUGUCUGUGCUCCAGGUUUUAAAGGAGACGAUUGUGAAAUAAAUAUAAAUGAAUGUCUAUCAAGUCCUUGUCAACACGGAGGUAUAUGUAUCGAUGGUGUGAAUAACUAUACGUGCAGCUGCAGUAAAACAGGAUAUAAAGGGAGAAACUGUGAGACUAACAUAAAUGAGUGUGAAAUGAAUCCAUGUUCUAACCAGGGUGUAUGUUUUGAUAAUUAUGGCAGUUAUACUUGUCAAUGUCAAUCGGGUUUUGGUGGCGUCAACUGUGAAUUUGAUCUCAAUGAAUGCAUAUCGAAUCCAUGUCAAAAUGGUGGUCAGUGCCGUGAUCAAGUCGGAAGUUAUGAAUGUCGAUGCGCUCCAGGAUUUUUAGGUAGAAACUGUGAGAUUGAUGUUGAUGACUGUGAGUCAGCAGUUUGUCCGCCAAAUUCUUUAUGUAUUGAUGGAAUUGCGUCUUAUACUUGUCAUUGCAAAUCAGGAUAUAUAGGUUCACCUCCAAAUUGUACGGAAGUUACAAUUUGUAAUAGUAGUCCUUGUCAAAAUGGAGGAUCGUGUAAUUUAAUAGGAAAUAAUCAAUACAACUGUUCAUGUUUACCAGGAUAUACAGGCGCUUAUUGUGAGCAUGGUAACAUCGUAGCUCGUUCGCAUGCCGAUGAUGUGUGUGUUCUCAUGCCUUGUCUCAAUUCUGGCACUUGCAUAACUCAAGGAUCUAACUAUGAAUGUAAAUGUCCUACCGGCUUUACUGGUCGGAAUUGUGAGAUGACUUUAAAGUGUAACGCUGAUCCUUGUCAGCAUGCUGUGUCUUGUCAUGACUAUGCUGGUGGGUAUUAUUGUGAAUGCGAAUCUGGUUGGUCAGGGCCACAAUGUAAUCAGCGUAUCGGUGAUCUCAUUCAUGCUUGUGGUCCUCACACUUGUGCUCACGGUGGAUCUUGCACUACACUUACUGGACAAGUUGAUCUUUUCCAUUGCGAUUGUCCGCCAGGCUUUACUGGCCAAACGUGUCAAAUAGAUAUUGACGAGUGUUUGUCUAAACCUUGUUUGAAUGGCGGCAUAUGCAACGAUCUUAUAAAUGGUUUCCGUUGCGAUUGUACAGACAAUUUUAUGGGUACGUACUGUCAAUUGCCUUUUGACACUUGUGCCAAAAUUCCUGGACCGUGCCUUAACAAUGGGUCUUGUAUCCACAAAACAUCUUCACUUAAGGAUUACACUUGCAUGUGUCCUUUAGGAUUUGAGGGUAAAAAUUGUGAGUUGAACAUUAAUGAUUGUUUAAUGGUGACGUGUCCGCCAGGAAAAACAUGCAUUGAUGGCGUUAACACGUACGAGUGCAGGUGCCCCGAAGGUUUUACUGGUGACGACUGUUCAAAACCAUUAAAAGACUGUAAAGAUCGACCCUGUAAAAAUAAUGCUACUUGUGUGGAUAAUAUUGAUGGAUAUUCUUGCCAGUGCCAUACUGGUUAUACAGGUGUACAUUGCGAACAAGAUAUAAACGAAUGUGAAGUUAACAAGGAAGUAUGUAAUUAUGGAAUCUGCGUAAAUACUAAUGGUAGCUACCAAUGUUUUUGUCGUCCUGGUUUUUCUGGUGACAACUGUGAUGUAGAUUUUGAUGAAUGUUUAUCACAGCCAUGUUUUAAUGGAGCGAUCUGUGAAAAUAAAAUUAAUGGUUUCAAUUGCAUAUGCCCUCCUGGAUUUAGCGGAAAAGUUUGUAGUAUGGACAUAAAUGAGUGUAAUUCUAAUCCCUGUCGGAACGGUGCUACAUGUGUUGACGGAAUAGCGUCAUUUACUUGUACAUGCCCUGUUGGUCUAACGGGAAAACUGUGUGAAACAAAUAUAAAUGAUUGCGAGUCAUCGCCUUGUCAGAAUUCAGGAAUGUGUAUAGAUGGUAUCAACAGCUACGAAUGCAACUGUACGGACACUGGCUUUGAAGGAAAUCACUGUGAAAUUAACAUUAACGAUUGUAUUCAUAAUCCUUGUACCAAUAACGGAACUUGUGUGGACGGAGUUAAAGAUUAUUCCUGUAAAUGUUACCAAGGAUACACCGGGAAAAAUUGUGAUAUUGAUAUAAAUGAGUGUGAGAAUAACCCUUGUCAAUUCGGAGGGACUUGUCUAGAACGAUCUAACUUAUUGCUGUACAAUCACACUGACAAAAGAAAUUUAUCUUCAAUAUUUCAACAGGAAUUCAAUUACGCUACUGCUAGUGGAUACGAAUGUCUUUGUAUGCCUGGCACUACAGGAGUGAAAUGUGAAAUUGAUAUAAAUGAAUGCGAUAGUAAUCCAUGUCGUUGGGGAAGCUGUGAUAACCGAAUCGGUGGAUAUGCCUGCUUGUGUGAUGAUGGAUUUGAAGGAGUGUAUUGUGAAAUUGAAAUUGAUGAGUGUGAAAGAUUUAAACCUUGUGAACACGGGACAUGCAUCGAUAGACGUGCCGGUUAUUAUUGCGACUGUGCUCCAAAGUAUGGCGGAAAAAAUUGUUCAGUGGAAUUGAUCGGGUGCCAAGGGCCUCACACUUGUUUAAAUAAUGGUACUUGUAGGCCAUACUUGGUUGACGAAACUGAGCAUCGAUAUAAUUGUACUUGUCCUUACGGAUUCCACGGUGAUAUAUGCGAUAAAACCACAACUAUGUCUCUGGCAGGCGAAUCACGUAUUGUAGUUAACACCACAAGAGAAGAAGGUUAUGACAUAUCAUUUAGAUUCAAAACCACAUUGCCCAGUGGUUUGUUGGCGAUCGGCGGCGGUUCAACAUUUUACAUUUUAGAGUUGGUCAAAGGCCGUUUGAAUCUACAUUCCAGUUUAUUAAAUAAGUGGGAAGGGGUAUUUAUUGGCUCUGAGCUAAAUAACAGUCAAUGGCAAAAGGUAUUUGUCGCUAUAAAUUCAUCACAUUUAGUACUGUCGGCUAACGAAGAACAAACCAUUUACCCUAUUAACCUAAACGAAGGAGCGAAUCCAACACAUACCAGUUUCCCUACUACCUACAUUGGCGGAACAAUAUCAAAUUUGAGACUUUUACCUCAUGGUCCUCCAUUUUUCAUUGGCUGUAUAGAAAAUCUUUUAAUAAAUGGACAAUGGGUUUUACCUGAUGAAAAAGUAGAAACAAUAGGUUUGACCAACAUUGAUAUUGGUUGUCAAAGAAACGAUCAAUGUAAUCCCAAUCCUUGUCACAAUAGCGGCCAUUGUACUGAUUUAUGGAAAACGUUCAGCUGCACGUGUGAACGACCGUACUUAGGAAAUACAUGCCAAUAUAGUUUUCCGGCGGCAACAUUUGGCCAUGAAAAUAUCACCAAUGGUCUUGUUACUGUAAACGUGUUUGCGGUAGCAAAACGAGCAGUAAGAAAUAUUGUAGAUAUUUCAAUGUUUAUCAGAACCCGUCAAACACGCGGAGCAAUAUUUUAUUUGGGAUCUAUGCCGGGAAGUGUAACGUUCUCCGAGGAAACUCACAUUGCUGCCGAACUUGAAGGUGGCGAGCUCCUGGUGAGAAUACAGUUUAACGCAACGCCAGAAUCGUAUACAGUGGGAGGCGUGAAACUGGAUGAUGGUCAUAAUCACUUAAUUCAGGUGGUUCGUAAUAUUACUUUGGUCCAAGUUAAAAUCAAUGGCACGGAAUAUUUUAGAAAAACCAUCAGUGCAACAGGUCAAUUAGAUGUUCAAGUUUUAUACUUAGGUGGGUUUCCGUCUUCAAAACCGACAAAAAGAGAUAUACCAGACACACAAGCUGCUAUGGAUACAAUUUUACCGCGGCCUAAUACUAUCGAAAGACACAUUCGUCAGACGACCGCUGAUAAGUUUGAAAGCAUACCACACUUCAAAGGGAUCAUACAAGAUGUUCAGAUAAGCAAUGGAUCUUACAUCAUGGUUGUAGAAUUUUAUCAAUUGGGCGUACACAAAGAUUUGGUAGUUCCGAAAGCAUUUGGUACUGUAUCUUUUAAUCAAGAAGAAGUUCUCGAGGGUAUUUUGUCUGACGAUGCUUGUCGCUCAAAUCCUUGUCACAAUGACGGUGAAUGCUCGGUAACAUGGAACGACUUUAUUUGUAAAUGCCCAUUGGGAUAUAAAGGCAAACAGUGUCAAGAAAUGGAGUUCUGUCAGUUACAAGACUGCCCGCUGGGUAGUGAAUGCCGUAAUUUGAACCACGGAUACGAGUGUGUAGCCAAUGUAACGUUAGUUGGUCAGAACACCUCAGAACCGCUAUUGCAAUAUUACUUUGUAAGAGGACAGCAAGCUAUUCCUUUGACACAUAUUGAAGUGAGCUAUAGAACUAGGACUGGCGGAACAAUCAUGUAUGUUUCAAACAAAAAGAAAGCUAGCGAUACCGAAUUCAAUUUUUUUACCAUGAUUGCAUUCAAAGAUCAAUUCAUCAUUGCGUGGAAAUUAGAAAAAGACGGAUCUAUAAAUUUAAAACACGUACACAAAGAUCAUUCGGAUUCAGAAUGGACAACUAUGCUUUUUAAAUUAGCGGACAAUAAAAUUCAAGGUGGCUUAGUCGGCGCGAUAGACGACACCAAUCAGUUCAUAGUUGCGGGCAAUUUUUCAUUGGUUAAUUGGGUCGAAUUGGUUACAUCAAACCCAAUACUUAUUGGAAGAGGAGAACACUACCACAGUGACAUGUCCGGUACUAACGUAGACCAUGCAACUUAUAUAACUGAUGCUGAAACAAAUUCUUUAGAUAUGAUCGAUUCCGAUUUGGGAUUACACCUUGAGGAUGCUAUUCAACAUGAUAUAACUUCGGCGGGUGGUUUUUACAAGGGUUGUCUUGGUGAAAUUCGUAUGGGUAGUUUACUAUUACCAUAUUUUACACCAUCUCAGCUUAAUACAAACAAUCAAACUGAUCAUUUUGUGUUGUCAUCAUCGUCCACAGAUACAUUUGAUUUAGACUGCUUACUUUGCUAUGACACAGAUUGUAAAAAUAAUGGAAGGUGUAAAAAAGCUACAGAAUCAUACUUAUGUGAAUGUCCGGCCGGUUAUGAAGCUGAAGAUUGUUCGGUGAACAUUAACGAGUGUAUUUCUAAUCAAUGCCAAAAUGGAGCAGAAUGUAUCGACGGUAUUGCUAACUACACUUGUGAAUGCAAAAUUGGUUGGACUGGUCUUCACUGUGAAAUUGAUAUCAACGAGUGCGCUUCAUAUCCAUGUCAACAUGACGGACUAUGCAUUGACCGUCUUGGCGAGUUUGAAUGUAACUGCACUAAUGAAUACGAAGGGCAGACGUGUGAACAGUUAAAAUUAGUGACUUGUAAUAACAUGCCGUGUAAAAAUAACGGCAACUGUGAUGACAUUCCAGAUCAUUUGACUGGUAAUAAUUUCACUUGUUCGUGCAUGGACGGUUUCUUGGGUGCGACUUGUGAUACAGCAUUUUGUAAUGAUAAUCAAUGUCAAAACAAUGGUGUUUGCAAACCUAAGGAAUCUCCGUUUUGUGAAUGCCCUGUUGGUUUUAAGGGAAAACUUUGUGAACAAAAUAUUGAUGACUGCAUCGAAAAUGGCAACCAACACAAAUGCCUUAAUGGCGGUCAGUGCAUUGAUGGAAUAAAUGAAUAUACGUGUAAUUGCACCGAAACAGGUUACACGGGUGAUGACUGCAGUAUAGAUAUCGACGAAUGUGUUGAACUCAAUGUUCGUUGUGGCCAUCGAGGAGAAUGUAAAAACUCACCAGGAUCGUACAGUUGCCUUUGCGAAGAAGGAUUUUGUGGACACAGUUGCCAUUUAAUUAAUCCGUGUUUAACAGAAUCACCUUGUAGUAAUGGAGGUACUUGUCAAGAACGUUGUACUGAAACAAUUGACUACGAGUGCAUUUGUAUUAACGGAUAUGUUGGAAAAAAUUGUACCGAGUUACCCGUUUUUGCGGGUCACAAUUAUGCGGACAUUGCUUUAAUCGUAGGACCAAUACUACUUAUUCUUCUUAUCGGCGGUAUGGGUAGCUUGUUUGUGCUCUUGAUGAUGGCACGCAAGAAAAGAGCUACGAGGGGUACUUACAGCCCUAGUUGUCAAGAAUAUUGUAACCCAAGAGUGGAGCUGGAUAAUGUACUAAAGCCUCCUCCAGAAGAACGAUUAAUAUAAGUAUUAUUGUUUUGUAAUAUGUAUUUUUUACUAUAAUCACUAACUAUAAUUUUCGUAGCCUCGUUUAAUUUUAAUUCUAUCAUUAUGAUCUCCUUAUUAUUUUUUUAUUUUUUUUUUUUGCAUAGCGGCCAUUUUUACUUUUUACAAGCAAUUUAUGUAUUUCACUGAUAAUUGUGUAAACAACAAUAUUUUUCAAUAUUUGAUUCGAUUUUUUUUAUUUGUGUGUUGUUCAUUUAUGUUGUGUAAUAUCCGAAGUAUUAAUAUUUAAUUAUUUUUUAAGUAAAAGACCAACAAAAUGUUUAUAGUAUUAAAAAUAUGUAAAAACGUUUUGACAAAUUUAAAUUAAAUUAAUAAUAUUGAAACAAACUUUUCACUUUUUUUUGAAAGACCGAGCAAUUGAAUAAGUAUUAAGAUUUUUUUAU